AUGGUUGACACUCCCAAGGUCGGUAUCAACGGUUUCGGUCGUAUUGGCCGCAUUGUCCUGCGCAAUGCCCUCAACUCUGGCAAGGUCCAGGUUGUCGCCGUCAACGACCCCUUCAUUGAGCCUCACUACGCUGCCUACAUGCUGCGCUACGACAGCACCCACGGCCAGUUCAAGGGCACCAUCGAGGUCGAUGGCAAGAACGGCCUGAUCGUCAACGGCGCUCCCAUCCGUUUCUACUCUGAGCGUGACCCCUCCAACAUUCCCUGGAAAGAGACCAACGCCAAGUACGUCGUCGAGUCCACCGGUGUCUUCACCAGCACUGAGGCUGCCUCCGCUCACUUGAAGGGUGGUGCCUCCAAGGUCAUCAUCUCUGCCCCCUCCGGUGACGCCCCCAUGUUCGUUAUGGGUGUCAACGAGAAGUCAUACACCAAGGACAUCAACGUCCUCUCAAACGCCUCUUGCACCACCAACUGCCUGGCUCCCCUUGCCAAGGUUAUCGACGACAAGUUCGAGAUUAUUGAGGGUCUCAUGACCACCAUCCACUCCUACACCGCUACCCAGAAGACCGUUGACGGUCCCUCCGCUAAGGACUGGCGUGGUGGCCGCACUGCGGCCCAGAACAUUAUCCCCUCCUCCACCGGUGCCGCCAAGGCUGUCGGCAAGGUCAUCCCCAAGCUUAACGGCAAGCUGACCGGCAUGUCCAUGCGUGUGCCUACCGCCAACGUCUCCGUUGUCGACCUGACCUGCCGCAUCAAGAAUGCUGCUUCCUACGACGAGAUCAAGGCUGAGGUCAAGCGCGCCUCUGAGACUCCCGAGCUCAAGGGCAUCCUCGGCUACACUGAGGAUGAUAUUGUCAGCACUGAUCUCAUCGGUGAUGACCACUCUAGCAUCUUCGACGCCAAGGCCGGUAUUUCUUUGAACGGCAACUUCGUCAAGCUCGUCUCUUGGUACGAUAACGAGUGGGGUUACUCCCACCGUGUUGUUGACCUGAUCAAGCACGUCGCCAGUGUGGAUGCUGCCAACUAA